UGCUGUGAAGCCUUCCCGAGAUGAACAUUGUGCGAGUGUGCCCAAAUGAGUGAUUUUGGACACUAAAUCCAAGAUCCACCCAGAUCCCAUUAACCUAUCAACACAGAAAGUUCAAAAUAUGUGAAAUGCACCAUCCUGAAUCUACUCCAGGUGUUUCUAUGUCAAUAGGACACCACCACAGCAUGCUAUUCGCGAUUCAUGAGCAAAGCGUGACGGUCAGGCUAGAUUGGGAAAUCACACUCUCGGCUUGGUUGAGUCUCCGCUUUCUUUGCAUUCGGCAGAAUCGGCACAUACCAGCAUCUGUUCCUUUGAAGACACCAGAGGACAUUGUUACAUUACAAGGACAGUCGACCAUGUCAAGGACAGCUCGAGUUUUUCGCAACCGCCCUUCACCACAUUCACAACCUCCUCUCACACGCGAGGAUCGUGAAAAACGUAUCAAGGAUGCAAUCGAUACAUGGCGUGGGGUGAAACUAAAAGCCUCCUACAAGCAGCCAAGCAUGGUGUCGAGCACAUAUAUUCCACAGCGCAUGCAAAACAACGCCAAGUCAAAAUCAGAACUGGAGGAUAUUGCUACUGCUCUUUCGCUGUCAACCGAGGGCACGAAGUCUGAAAUUUUAGAACGCAUCAAAGGACACUUGGAGAAUACUCCCGACCUACGCCAGGACCACCGCUUUUCUGGUCUUUACCAUCUCGUGGAAAUCGGGCACCCCAUGAGUCAAACGGUCAUGCUGGAUCUUCAAGAAUUGACCAUACUGCUCCCAUUCAAGCUACACACACCAUCUCAUCAGCUCGUUCCAAGCAUCAGUCAUGGUUCUAUGCAUAGUAACGGCGCUCCCUUCUCUCGAGUCAAGCGGCAACAGCAAAUGACGGUCCUUUACCCUUCCCUCCCCUCAUUUAAUAAUCCACCACCUGCAUACCCCAUCCCACAUCCGAUUCUCGGUCGCGAGACACGAUUCAUGCAGCCAGUGCCAGCCCCAGAAGGGCUCGUCCUCUUCGAACUUCACAAGACCUCCCACACGCUACAUGCUGGGCCGUCCACUGGCAGAUCAUGCCUUACCCCCUGCAUGGCCUUCCUGCACCAUUAA